CGCGUGCGCGCUGGCUCCCAUUCUUCCCGUGGCAGCGGGGCGGGCGCAGCCAUGCAGGGGAGCGGGCGCCGCCGCCGGCACUGAGCGCCGUCCGGCCCCCGCCCCGCCACCGCCUCCCGCGCCGCGCCCCGCAGAAUGGACUGCUGAAUUGGGAAUUAUUGCAGACUCAACAGUACAGCACUGCUUGUUGCUUCAUCUAUUACUAGUUAUUUAAAUUGGACUUUUAAUAUCCUGCCAGCUGCUGUUCACACACACAUGGUGCAUUGUUGCCAUACUCAGAAUUGCAUCUUUGAAACCCAGACCCUCAGUAACCUUCAUCGAACAAAGAGGCGACCUCCUGCGUACGUUUAUAAAGGGAUUUUUUGGACCUACUGCCCUCUAGCUUUCUUGCUGGUGCUGUAUUUCUAAGACACUAUGGAGCCCAGUAUGGAGUACUGCCUAGCCCAGGUGUUGCAGAAGGAUGUUGGAAAGAGACUUCAAGUUGGCCAGGAAUUGAUAGAUUACUUCUCAGAUAAACAGAAGUCAGCUGAUCUUGAACAUGAUCAGACUAUGCUGGAUAAAAUGGUUGAUGGACUGGCCACUUCUUGGGUAAAUUCCAGCAAUUACAAGGUGGUUCUCCUGGGCAUUGACAUCCUUUCCGCGCUCGUGUCCCGCUUGCAGGAUCGCUUCAAGGCCCAGAUUGGCACAGUGCUGCCAAGUUUACUCGAUAGGCUGGGAGACUCUAAGGAUUCGGUGAGGGAGCAGGAUCAGACCUUGCUGCUGAAAAUCAUGGAUCAAGCUGCUAACCCUCAGUACGUAUGGGACAGGAUGCUAGGAGGAUUCAAACACAAGAAUUUCCGGACAAGAGAAGGGAUUUGCCUCUGCCUUAUUGCAACACUCAAUGCAUCUGGAGCUCAGAGUUUAACACUGAGUAAGAUAGUGCCACAUAUAUGUAACUUACUUGGAGAUCCAAACAGCCAGGUUCGAGAUGCAGCAAUAAACAGCCUUGUGGAAAUUUACAGACAUGUUGGUGAACGUGUAAGGGCUGAUCUCAGUAAAAAAGGAUUACCCCAAUCUCGGUUGAAUGUAAUUUUUACAAAAUUUGAUGAGGUCCAAAAAUCUGGAAACAUGAUCCAGAGUUCAGGUGAUAAAAUUUUUGAUGAUGAAGACUCAGUGGAUGGAAACAGACCUUCCUCAGCUAGCUCCUCUACAUCUUCAAAGGCCCCUGCAAACUCGCGCAGAGUUGGGAUGGGGAGUACCCGCAGACUUGGGUCUGCAGCUCUGGGCUCCAAGUCUUCAACCAAAGAGGGAGCAGGUGCUGUGGAUGAGGAAGACUUCAUUAAGGCAUUUGAAGAUGUCCCAACAGUUCAGAUUUAUUCCAGCCGGGAUCUUGAGGAAUCCAUAAACAAAAUAAGAGAGAUACUAUCAGAUGAUAAGCAUGACUGGGAACAGAGAGUUUCUGCGUUGAAAAAGAUCCGCUCCUUGCUUUUGGCUGGAGCUGCAGAAUAUGAUAACUUCUUCCAACACUUAAGACUUUUGGAUGGAGCGUUUAAAUUAUCUGCUAAAGACCUGCGGUCUCAAGUAGUACGAGAGGCUUGUAUCACACUGGGACAUUUGUCAUCAGUUCUGGGAAACAAGUUUGACCACGGGGCAGAAGCCAUCAUGCCAACAAUUUUUAAUCUAAUUCCAAAUAGUGCCAAAGUCAUGGCCACUUCUGGUGUUGUAGCAGUUAGAUUAAUAAUUCGACAUACGCACAUCCCUCGAUUAAUACCCAUCAUAACCAGUAAUUGUACAUCCAAGUCUGUUGCAGUUAGAAGGCGCUGUUUUGAAUUUUUAGACUUGCUGUUGCAGGAGUGGCAAACACACUCCCUAGAAAGACACAUAUCAGUGUUAGCUGAAACGAUAAAGAAGGGAAUUCAUGAUGCAGACUCUGAAGCCAGGAUAGAGGCGAGAAAGUGUUACUGGGGUUUCCACAGUCACUUCAGCCGAGAGGCAGAGCAUUUGUACCACACCUUAGAGUCUUCUUACCAGAAGGCCCUGCAGUCGCAUUUGAAGAACUCUGACAGCAUCGUGUCCUUGCCACAGUCGGAUCGCUCCUCCUCCAGCUCCCAGGAGAGUCUCAACCGUCCAUUGUCUGCCAAAAGAAGUCCUACUGGAAGCACUACAUCUAGAGCAUCUACAGUAAGUACAAAAUCUGUGUCAACACCAGGAUCUCUGCAGCGAUCCCGCAGUGACGUCGAUGUGAAUGCAGCAGCUAGUGCCAAGUCAAAAGUGACGUCUUCUGGAGCAUCCACUCCCUUCAGUUCUGCUGCAGCCUUGCCCCCAGGCUCAUACGCAUCACUAGGUCGGAUUCGUACAAGGAGACAGAGCUCUGGCAGUGCCACAAGCGUCACCUCAACACCUGCUGAUACCCGAGGCCGCAGCCGGGCUAAAGUUGUUUCCCAGUCCCAGCCUGGUAGCCGGUCUAGUUCUCCGGGUAAGCUGUUAGGAAGUGCUUAUGGUAGCCUGAGCAGUGGAACAUCCAGAGUCCAGCCGGUGCCAUCAUCUUCAGAGAAGCGCAGCAAGAUCCCUCGGAGCCAGGGAUGCAGUCGAGAGACGAGUCCCAGCAGAAUAGGACUAGCACGGAGCAGUCGUAUCCCCCGACCCAGCAUGAGUCAGGGGUGCAGUCGUGAUACCAGCCGUGAGAGCAGUCGAGAUACAAGCCCUGCUCGGGGCUUUCCUCCACUUGACCGGUUUGGACUCGGACAGCCAGGCAGGAUGCCUGCUUCUGUGAAUGCCAUGCGAGUCCUGAGCACAAGCACAGAUCUGGAGGCUGCUGUGGCCGAUGCACUGCUGUUAGGAGACUCCAGGAGCAAGAAAAAGCCAGUGAGAAGGAGAUAUGAGCCCUAUGGGAUGUACUCUGAUGACGAUGCUAACAGCGAUGCAUCAAGUGCUUGCUCGGAGCGCUCCUAUGGUUCCAGGAAUGGGGGCAUUCCACACUACCUGCGGCAGACUGAAGAUGUAGCCGAGGUCCUCAACCACUGUGCCAGCUCCAACUGGUCUGAAAGGAAAGAGGGGCUCAUAGGUCUUCAGAACUUACUGAAAAGCCAGCGGACACUGAGCCGAGUCGAGUUAAAAAGGCUAUGUGAAAUAUUUACUCGCAUGUUUGCUGACCCCCACAGCAAGAGAGUUUUCAGCAUGUUUCUGGAAACCCUGGUUGAUUUCAUCAUCAUUCAUAAAGAUGACUUGCAGGAUUGGCUUUUUGUUCUCCUGACCCAGUUGCUAAAGAAAAUGGGAGCAGAUUUACUGGGGUCUGUGCAGGCAAAAGUUCAAAAAGCUCUGGAUGUCACCAGGGAUUCUUUUCCAUUUGAUCAACAAUUUAACAUUUUGAUGAGGUUUAUUGUAGAUCAGACCCAAACACCAAACCUGAAGGUGAAAGUUGCUAUCCUGAAGUAUAUUGAGUCCUUGGCAAGACAGAUGGAUCCAUCAGACUUUGUGAAUUCCAGUGAGACGAGACUUGCUGUAUCUAGAAUUAUAACUUGGACAACAGAACCAAAGAGCUCAGAUGUGAGAAAGGCAGCACAGAUAGUCCUGAUUUCUCUCUUUGAAUUGAACACUCCUGAGUUUACCAUGUUACUUGGUGCCUUGCCAAAAACAUUCCAGGAUGGUGCUACCAAGCUCCUGCACAACCACCUCAAGAACUCCAGUAACACCAGUGUGGGUUCCCCCAGCAAUACCCUUGGUCGGACUCCUUCCCGACACUCCAGCAGCAGAACCAGCCCCUUAACUUCACCUACCAACUGUUCCCAUGGUGGACUGUCUCCAAGUAUGCUGGAUUAUGACACGGAGAACCUAAACUCUGAUGAAAUCUACAGCUCUCUUCGUGGAGUCACAGAAGCGAUUGAAAAAUUCAGUUUCCGUAGUCAAGAGGACCUGAAUGAGCCGAUUAAACGUGAUGGAAAGAAAGACUGUGACAUUGUGUCUCGAGAUGGUGGCCUUGCUGUGCCUACCGGUGAUGUCCGUGGAAGCAGUGACAUUGUGGAAGGUGGACGGAUGGCUCUGGAUAACAAAACCUCCCUACUUAACACCCAGCCUCCCCGCACCUUUUCGGGGCCACGUGCUCGAGAAUAUAACCCCUAUCCUUAUGCUGACACAAUUAACACUUACGACAAAACUGCCCUGAAGGAAGCAGUGUUUGAUGAUGACAUGGAUCAGCUUCGGGACGAAGUACCCAUUGACCAUUCAGAUUUGGUGGCUGAUCUUCUGAAGGAGCUCUCCAACCACAACGAGCGGGUGGAGGAGCGGAAAGGAGCUCUCUUGGAACUGCUCAAGAUCACAAGGGAAGAUAACCUUGGAGUUUGGGAGGAGCAUUUCAAAACCAUUCUGCUCUUGCUGCUGGAAACACUUGGAGACAAAGAUCAUUCAAUAAGAGCCCUGGCGCUGAGAGUCCUGAGAGAGAUCUUGCGGAACCAGCCUGCAAGGUUUAAGAACUAUGCGGAGUUGACUAUCAUGAAAACACUGGAAGCACAUAAGGAUUCCCACAAGGAGGUUGUCAGAGCUGCUGAAGAAGCUGCUUCCACCUUGGCAAGUUCCAUCCACCCUGAGCAAUGCAUCAAGGUGCUUUGCCCCAUCAUUCAGACUGCAGAUUAUCCAAUUAAUUUAGCUGCCAUCAAAAUGCAGACGAAAGUCAUUGAGAGGAUUUCCAAGGAAUCGUUGCAUCAGCUCCUUCCUGAUAUCAUUCCUGGAUUGUUACAGGGUUAUGAUAAUACAGAGAGCAGUGUCCGUAAAGCUAGUGUAUUUUGCCUAGUGGCAAUUUAUUCAGUAAUUGGAGAAGAACUGAAACCUCAUCUUGCACAGCUCACGGGAAGCAAGAUGAAGCUACUAAACUUGUACAUAAAGAGGGCCCAGACCACCAACAGCAACAGCAGUUCCUCUUCAGAUGUUUCAACGCACAGUUAAUGGAGAUAUGUGGACAUAUGUGUAGACUUAGAAGCAAUCAACGGUGCCUCUCAGAGACCUUUCUGCUACUCUUCACUGGCACGCUCCAUCAGCUCAAGGAGGCCAUGCAGAUAUUUAUUGCAAUCAGUAUUUUAGUCCCUUAAAAGCUUUUAUGUAGAAUCUUACUGGUAUUGAAUGUAAAGGAAACAAGGUCUGUGUUGCAGUCUUCAUUAAAAGUGAACAACAGAAAGCCAUACUUAAA